UCAAUUCUUUACAAGACCUCGAUGAUGAUAUUUUGUCAGACGAAGAUAGCUUCACUAUUGAUUCCUCUGGUGAUGACAAAGAAUUUCGGUUGGUUGAUGAGGAAUCUUCUUUGGAUGAACUAUUGUUAAAUGAUAAUGAAUCAUUUGCGACACCUAAAUAUGUAGAAGAAUCAGAUAUGAAAAAUACAUCUACAAACAUAAAUAUGAAUGAUUUUUGGAUUCUUUUAUGGAUCUUUAAAUAUCAAAAAAGAUUCAGGCUUCCAGAUAUUGCAGUUAAUUUAUUAAUCAAAUUCUUCAGGGUAGUACUAUUCAAUGCUAAUGAAAAAUGA